AUGGAAUGCAUAGAAACUGCAGAGAAACAUCAAAUUUUAAACGAUUCCGAAACGAAAAGCCCAGAAUCACCAGAAAACUUUCAAAAGUUCAUUUAUGAGUUAUUUGAGAAAAAUGGAAUUUUAAACGACUUACGAGCUUAUUUGCGUGGUCAUAUCGUUAAUGUUUUAAAAACUGCUAAUACAGGAGAUACUACUCCAUGCCAAAAGAACUUUACCCAACGUCUGGAACAUAGGUACCAGGCAAUUAAUAUAUUAAUAGCUGAGUACCUUUUGAGACUAGAAUUCAACUAUACUCUCUCAGUGUUUGUGUCUGAAAUCCCACUGGCAAAUAUGAUUUUUGGCUUUACAAGGGAGCUAAUUAAAAACACAGAAACAUUUGAUUUGUACUUUGAAGACAAUGAUGUGUGGUCUAUUCUUAGUUGUUUAGGCAUUGAAUGUGACUCUGAACAUGCAUUUAAAAUUUCUGAAAUGUAUCAGUCUGAAAAAAUACCGCUUCUCUUAUGUAUUUUUAAAUGUAUAUCAUUGUGCCAAAAGGACUCUAUUUUUAAUGAUAAUGUUCUAUUUUCCGUUACAGUAUCAGAAGAGAACCUAACAAGUGACAAAAGUACAGACACAUUGGAUGGGAAUUUUAAGAAAAAUAUCAAGAAACGCAAAUGUCGACAUUAUUCCUUCUGUAAGACGUGUCAGUAUCGCGUGAUUCGGAUCAAAGAGAAAUACGACAAACGCAAGACACGUUUCAAUGAGACUCCAAAGUCCACGAAUUCGCUGGACCCCGGAUGUUUUAUGAAAAACCUGUCCGUUGUUGAACAAGGCAUCAUAAACGAGAUGUUUGAGCAACUGAAGUCCGUGUAUGAAUCCGAAGUUGAUAUGAUAAAGGAGGAACAAGAAAAUACCAUUAGGAAAUCUAUCGCCAGUCACACCAUACAGCUUCAGAAGCAAAGGGAGGAGUUGGAGGAAUCGUUUAAAGAACGCGAAUUGGAAUUGUGUAAAAGUGUCGACGAGAAAAAGAAAUUUCUUUGGAACUUGGCGAAAUCGUUGAGGCAGCAACACGAUGCCAUGACGAAGGCGAUGGACGAUGUUAAGAGCGAGACGGAGAGAUUGACUGCUAAGGAACAAAACCUAAAAUCCCAAACAAAAGAAGCUGAAGAUCUUUUACGGAGACGGGGAGAGGACAUGCGCAAGCAGAUAUCAGAAGAAUUGCAAACAUUAGAAGAACACUUGCAGACCAUGAAGAAAGAGAGAGAUAGCAUCAACAUGGAAAGAGAAAGAUUAGAGAUUUUAAAAGAGAAAUACAAUAAAAAGGAGUUGGAUAAAGAUUUGGCAAACGAGUUGCAGGUUUUGAAGCAGUUUGUCGAAAAAAAUGUGAAAUGUUUGGCCGAAAAGGGAACAGCUACGGAAAGUUUACUGAAUAAUGAACAAAGGCUGAUUGUCAACGAUUUGAAGCAGAAGAAUGUUAAUUUUAUGUCAAACGAAGCAAUAUAUCACGAUUACCAACGCGCUAGCCGGUCGUCCAGUGACCGUGACCAGAGUGACCACGACGACCGUGACUUUUGUGAUCGCGCAGAAUUGCUCAGAUUGAGGAACGAGAAUCAUCGGCUAAAUGUUUUAGCACGACAGCAAAGUGAUCACAUAGCAUCGUUGGCAAGUGAGCGCAGUCGUCUUCAUUCAGAGGUGACGAAUGCGAGACCACAAACCGCACCCACUUUGCUACAGCCGUUUACGAGCACCCACACGACCAGGGGGUUCGUGAGUAGUAUCGGUGGAGGCGAACAAGUCAAUUUAUUUCCCCAAAGACGCGUCUUCGCACCCACAGACGCACUGCCCUUCAUCGGGGUGCUGAAAGACAGACAUACAGACAGUCGCAGACAUUUCAUAAACCAAUGGCGCUCUUUACGCCGCCGAGCGACGCCGCAAAUCGCUACUACUUCAAAACUUAUCACCAGAGAAGUGACAAACAGACAAUAUGAAGAGCCGACUAAAAGCGCAAAUAUUCCUUUAAGUUCUGAUCAAAACAAUGAAGACAACACGUCUUGUGCCUGUAAUGUGUGUUCGGAACAAACGAAAAAGCAAGUAUCGGAGUUUAAUAUCGAGCGAAAGCCGAGAGAAAAGAGUCCCAAAUCUGUUUUGCGGGAAGCGAAAGAGAAAUUACGGAACAAUCACAGCACAAGAGACCCUCCGCCUGUUCGCGAGAAGAGUCCGAAUACGACGUUGCGAGAGGCCAAAAUGCGUUUGAGGAAGUUGGAGAUCGAAGCGGAAGCUGUCGAGAGGUCGUAUCAGGACUUCCGGAGACGACAGAGAGACGAUAGUUUAAAUCAGAGUCACUUUGAUAAAGGAGGGAAGGAAUUAGAUAUUAAAAGAAGCAAUUCAACGCAUAACGAACCUAUUAAUCUUGAAGGAUUUAACUUCAAAAAUAAUGAUCUCGACAAAUAUUUAAAGGAGUACCGAUCGUUUGAAAUACCUUUUAAGAAUAAAAACGCCACGUCGGAAAUUAUUAAACCCAUACCCCCAGGUUACUCCGAUAUCGGGCAGAAAAUAUUUGGAAUUAAUACGAAUUACUUGGAAACACCAUUAACAGAAUUCAGAAAAUUAUAUCACACUAGAAUCACGUCGAGUAAAACAAAACGCAGACCCAUGAAUAUAUUAGACGAAGACUCAAAUGAAAAACCAACGGAUGGAACUUCUAUUGACAAGACGGAAUUGGAAAUACUUCAGGAUAAUAUAAACAAAAUUUACAACCUCACUCCCAAUAUGUCGACUCCGGCCGAUGCGACUCCGAAAUCGGACACAAAGAGCUAUGCUUUAGAAAAUAUCCCAGAAGUCACUAAAGACGUAGACGAAAACCAAGUAAAUCUCCUAAGAGUCGAUAUCGAAAAGAACUGUGAAAUGAAUAGUAUUAAAAUGGACUCCGACAGAGUCUUAGUCGUGGAGAGCUCGAUCGACACCAAGGAGAUGUCGGAUAGCGAAGUCGACGAUAAAGACAAAAUAUCAACGCAGAUGACAAUAAUAGUGAGUCCAAAAGUAAACGACAGAGAGAGAUCCAAAUCUCCCGAAUUGGAAAAGCUGACCGACGACGAUUUAUUGAACGCUAUAUAUCAUUCUCAGAAUAAAGACGUGUCGAGCGUCGACAUGCAAAUGGAGUCGAAGAGAGAUUCCGUGAACGACGGGCAAGAGGAAUAUCCCGACGACUUCUCGGCGGACGUCGAUAAUUACAACAGCCGAUCCGAGUACGACCGCUCCCCGAUAUCUCUGGCCAAGGACUCCGAAGACUUCAGAAACUUUUGGGAGACUUAA